CCCUCCUCUCCAUGCUUUCACUUCACACUCUUUGGCUUUACAUCCGUUCAACAUUACCAAAGAAGUACGUCAUCGUUGCUUGUUUUGAAGUGAGGUUGAUCAAGCCGGUCAAAGCUUCUUCAUUCAUGAUGUCUCUACACUCGCAUUCAUCGGGCUCUUACAAGCAAAUAUUAGCAGACUCUAGAGAAGAAGAGGAACCUCUCUUAUCCAUUGAAAACUCUGCAGCAACGUCCCGCUUUGCAGGUUGUGAUGAUGAGUUGCAGCUUUGUAUGGUGAAAUAGUUCCGCCGAGAACUGAUUUGAGAGUCUGUAUAGUUGUUGUGCCCGCAAGUAUUGCCAUUAGCAUGCUCAUAUCCAUCACUUUUACACUCCCGCGUGAGU